AUGGCAUUGCUGGGGGGCAGGUGGUACCCACACGGGGACUCAGGCAGGGAGAUCCUUUUAUCGCCCUAUUUGUUUAUCAUAUGUGCAGAGGGACUCUCUAUGUUGUUACAGAAGGCACAGAUGGAGGGGGCUAUACAUGGUUGUAGAGUUGCUAGAGGAGCACCCUCAAUGUCACAUCUGUUUUUCGCAGAUGAUAGUCUCUUAUUUUUCAAGGCGAAUAUCCAGGAAGCUAGUGUAAUCAAACAGUGCCUGAUUCGAUAUGAGAAGUUGUCUGGCCAGAUGGUGAAUUUUGACACAUCUAGUAUUUGUUUUAGCAGAAAUACUCAGGAGGUAAUAAGGAUGGAAGUGGCGGCUUGUCUCGAGGUGGAGCAGGCAACGAAUUUUGGAAAAUAUCUUGGGCUACCGUCUUUUGUAGGGAGGAAUAAAAGGGUUGUCUUUUCAUAUGUGGAAGACAAGAUCAGGCAAAGGAUUGGUUCAUGGAACAAAAAAUUGCUAUCACAGGCUGGUAAGGAAAUACUCUUGAAAAGUGUAGCACAAUCUAUGCCUAUAUUCUCCAUGAGUGUUUUUUUGCUUCCUGAGACUGUGUGUAUGUCUAUUGGGAGAAUCAUUAAUAGAUAUUGGUGGGGGUGUGGAACAGAAAGAGGUAUACACUGGAAGGCGUGGGAUAAGUUAUGCAUCCCCAAGAAAUAUGGUGGCUUGAGUUUUAAGGAUUUAAGGGCAUUUAAUUUGGCUAUGUUAGGAAAGCAGGCAUGGCGGCUCCUAACAAAUCCCACUACUUUGGCUGCAAGGAUAUAUAAGGCACGUUAUUACCCCACUACUUCUUUUAUUGAUGCAAAAGUACCCCACUACUUCUUUUAUUGA